AUGCAUCGUUCCUCUGUGCUGGACGCCUAUGUGGCGGGGUCUGGUGCUGAGAAAGGGGAGACCGACGACGUCGGCGCUGCCGCCGCGAGGCCUGUGGCAGGCGCGACGCCGCCACAAAGUCCGUCUGCUGCGGGAAACGAGGGAUUGGAGGAUGCACAAGCUGACAAGGACGAGCUUUGGAACGCAAGUGCUGGGCCAACACAGGUGCAAAGCAUCCCCUCGCAUGCCCCCGUUGAGCCCGCCGCCGAAGCGCCGCCCGGACCAAACAGAACGGGAGAUCCCACCCCUCCGCCGGCGCGCCGGCCCCGGGUGCUGCUGGCAGUUACCGGCAGCGUGGCCGCCAUCAAGACCGCGCAGCUGGCGACAUAUCUGCUGGCCUUUGCGGAGGUUAAAGUGGCGGUGACGCGCGGGGCCAGGGCCUUCCUGGAGGGCCUGGAGCUCCCCGGCAGUUGCCUGCCGCUCCUGGACGAUGAGGGCGAGUGGCGGGCCUGGCAUGGCGUGGGCGACCCGGUCCUCCACAUCGAGCUGCGGCGCUGGGCCGACGUACUAAUCAUCGCCCCGCUCUCCGCCAACACGCUGGCCAAGCUGGCCGCCGGCCUCUGCGACAACCUCGUCACUUGCGUCGCGCGGGCCUGGGACUUUCGCAAGCCGGUCCUGCUGGCGCCGGCCAUGAACACCUUGAUGUGGGACAGCCCCUUCACCGCUCGGCACAUGCACGCCUGUGCCGGCCUGGGCAUGCACAGCAUCGGCCCCAUCGCCAAGCGGCUGGCGUGCGGGGACGACGGCACGGGGGCCAUGGCCGAGCCGGCCGACAUCGCAGACCGGGGGCGGGCGCUGCUGGGCGCGUGA